AAAUAGUUUUUUGUAGAACUCACCUACUGCUUUCUAGUUAAAUAGCCAAACAAGCUCUAGUCUCUAUGCAUUUCCCAUGCUUUUAUCAUUCCAUCAACAUAUUUUAUCUCACGUGUAUAUAAUAUAUAUAUCACAUGUGUAACCCAUUAAUUUGUAUCCAUGUCAAAGAAUUGAUGAACCGUCUUUUGUCAUGCAGUUGCCUAUGACGAGAGGACUAAAUGCUUUUUUAUUCCUAUAAAUAGCAGAGCACAAGUCUCAAUACUUGGCUCAUCUCAAAGUGUGAAACAUAUAAAACCGCUACACAUAUUAUAUUAGUCAUAUGAUGAUGGGAUCAUUGAUACUUCGCUUCAGUUUCACUGGUUUUCUCUUUCUGACCUUAUUAUGUUUCUCUUUCUCGCAGCCAGUUUGCCAUGAUGAUGAAAGGUCUUCGUUGUUGCAGUUCAAGGAAAGUUUUAUUAUUAACAUGUCUGCUUCUUAUUUUUCUUCUCUUUCUUAUUCGAAGGUUGCCUUCUGGACAAACAAAGAAGACACAAGAAAUUGUUGCAUGUGGCAUGGGGUUGAGUGUGAUGAGAUCACAGGCCAUGUCAUCGGCCUUGAUCUCAGCAGCAGCUACCUCUACGGCUCUAUUGACUCAACUAGUAGCCUCUUCGAUCUGACUCAUCUUCAGAGUCUUGAUCUUGCAGACAACCACUUCAACUAUUCUCAAAUACCCAGAGCUAUCAAGCGACUUUCUAUGCUCACUAAUCUCAACCUAUCAUACUCUGUCUUCUCUGGUCAAAUUCCGUCAGAAGUUUCAGAACUAUCUAAAUUAUCCAAUCUUGAUUUGUCGUAUAACAUUGGUAAAGUUCCUGGAGAAAAUGUAUUGGAACUCAAAAAGCCCAACAAUUUGGAGACCCUUGUUUCAAACUUGACAAGCCUUGAGAAACUUCAUCUCAGUGGUGUUGACAUAUCAUCGGCAGUGCCUAAAUCAUUGGACAAUUUGUCUUCCUUGAAAUCACUGCUCUUGGAGGAUUGCAAAUUGACAGGUGAAUUCCCAAUCAAUAUUUUUCAACUUCCAAAUUUACAAAGUCUAAAUGUGAUGUUCAACAAAGAUCUCACUGUAAGAUUUCCUGUGGUACUUGACCAAAAGAGCUCUCUCAAGUCAUUGCUAUUAAGAGGCACUGGCUUCUCUGGGGAUCUACCGUCAUCGAUUGAAAAACUUGCUUCUUUGACUGAGUUGGAUGGUGCAAGUUGCAACUUUUCAGGAGUGAUUCCAGCCUCCAUAGGCAACAUUCCCCAAUUUACAAAUGGAAACCAACUGAGAAUUAUUGAUUUUGGUUAUAAUCUAUUUGAAGGGAAAUUAUCAAAAUCACUUACGAAUUGUAAGAUGCUUGGUUACCUCAACGUUGAAAGAAAUAAACUCAACGAUGUUUUCCCUUAUUGGUUGGGGAGUCUUCGAGAGCUGAGAAUUCUUAUAUUGCAAGCUAAUGAAUUCCAUGGAGUUAUAAGGGAGCCCAAAACAAACCAUCGUCAAUUUGCAAAGUUACGUAUAAUUGAUAUAUCAUUCAACUCCUUCAAUGGAAGAUUGCCAAUUGAAUACAUACGGAGUUGGAAGGCCAUGGCAAGUACAAGCGCUGAAGACUUUGAAUAUAUGAUGGCAAUACCUUUUGACCUCGAAGGAAAUAGUGGUGGUCUUACUCUUCGUAUGCAUUACUUUUUCGAAAUUACAAUAGCAGUCAAAGGCAGGCAUAGACACUAUGAGGAGAUCCAAAAUAUUAUUGCAAUUAUAAAUCUCUCCAACAAUAAAUUUGUUGGAGAAAUUCCUGAAGCCAUUGGAAACUUGAAGGGGCUCUAUUCUCUUGACCUAUCCAACAACCAUCUCAAAGGUGGAAUUCCAUCAUCACUGAGUAAUCUAAGAGCUCUUGAAUCCUUAGACAUUUCUCAGAAUGCUCUUUCAGGGAAGAUCCCUGUUGAGUUAGACCAACUUUCUUUCCUUCAAUACUUCAAUGUUUCACACAACCAACUCUCAGGAUCUAUACCACAAUAUCAUCUUAGUACCUUUGAGGCCAGUUCCUACGAGGGAAAUGUGGGAUUAUGUGGUAUGCCACUACAAAACUUUUGUGGACACUCCAGUCCACCAGAACACUCAUUUCCAUCAUCAGAAGAAGAGUCAAGCUAUAUUUUUCAAUUUGGCUGGAAAGUUGUUGCGAUAGGAUAUGGAUGUGGAUUCUUAAUUGGAUCGUUUGUUGGGAAAAUUGUGAUUGCAAGAAAACCUAAUUGGUUAGUGAUGACCUUUGGGAUAAGGAGCUGAUGAAAAAAGAAAGGAGCUCAAGGAUGCGAUUGCAUGAGGGUUGAUUCUCAACUCCAUUGAUACUCAAAUUUUGUAGUAGUUGUUUCUGGAUAAUGGUUUCGAAUAAUCAUGUUGCAUUUCUUGUUUCUUUGUAUCAAAGUUUUUGUUCAAUGUAAUAAUAUAUAUGUACCUUUUAUGUUGAAUACUACACACUAUCACAAGUAGAUUUUCUUGUA